GAUAACUGAAAAUCAUAAUGAAGAAGAAAUAAGUAUUCUUUGUUGGAAAUGUAGAAAAUAUAUAGCAAGUUCUGAUUACUUCAUGAAUUAUCGUGAGAAUCAAGCAAUUAAGGAUAGAUAUGCUUCUGUUGACACUCAAGAUCUUUGUCAUGUGUGGCACAUGAAUAUAGAAGCUCUUCCAGAAUGGAUAAAUUGCCUAAUACAAAAGGCACAGUGGACAGUUGGAAAACUGAAUUGCCCUUUCUGUGGGGCCCAUUUAGGGGGCUUUAAUUUUGUCAGCACUCCAAAAUGUUCCUGUGGCCAGCUUGCGGUUGUAUAUCUCUCAAAGAGCCGGACCAAUUAUCAAGCAAUACAGUCAAACAGACUAAUGAGACCAUCGCUGAAAUAUUUGUCACAUCCUAGAGUUCAGUCAGGUUGUGACAAGGAAACUCUGCUGACAGGUGGUGACUCCAAAAACAGAGAUCACAGGCUUUUAAACAUGGCCCAAAAUAAUAAUGGCCUUGGAAGAUUAACAGAAGCACUCUGCCUGGAGGUGCGAUCAACGUAUUUUCAGAUGAAGAAUGAAAAAUUGCUCUUUAAAGCACCAGAUUCAAAAUACCAGCUUUUUGUUCCCCAGCUCAAGUCUGGUAGAUGCACUACAAGGGCUUUUCAUAGAAAAUCACAUAGUUUGGAUCUGAACAUCAAUGAGAAGCUGACUUUAUUACCCACUUUAUAUGAAAUACAUAGUAAGACUACUGCCUAUUCCAGGCUAAAUGAAACACAGCCUAUUGACCUUUCAGACUUGCCUUUACAGUCUAAUAAAAAUAGCUGCUCUUUUCAGAAUCUGUCUAGUUUUGAUACUGAUUUGCUGCUACAAAGAUUUUCAGUGGCUCCCCUUGAGAGCCAGACACAAAGAGGAGGAGAAUUUCAUUGUGGUCUAGAAGCUUCUUCAGUAUACUCAGAACACACUAACAGCAACAACCUGACAUUCCUGAUGGACCUACCCUCAGCUGGCAGGAGCAUGUUAGAGGCCUCAGACCAAGAAGAGCACCUCUACCCUCUGGACUUCCUGAGUUCAGCCAGUAAAUUUUCACUGGGCAGCAUUAAUCAGAGGCUCAAUAAGAGAGAAAGAAGCAAGUUGAGGAAUCUAAGAAGGAAACAACUAAGGCAGGAAAGAUGGCUACAGAAGCAGGGUAAAUGCUCAAGAGUAGGAUUGCUGGAUCAUAUGGACUGCGUUCAUUGUGUCCUGCAAGUUCUGAAUUUGAAUAAUGAGAUGAAUACAGAUGAUGACAAUGAAUAUGCAGAAGAAAAAGAUAGCUACAUAUGUGCAGUAUGUCUGGAUGUUUAUUUCAACCCUUACAUGUGUUACCCUUGCCACCAUAUCUUCUGUGAACCCUGCUUACGGACCCUGGCCAAAGACAAUCCUGCAAGUACUCCCUGCCCACUGUGUCGGACAAUUAUUUCUAGAGUCUUUUUCCAGACAGAACUGAACAAUGCCACAAAGACAUUCUUUACUAAAGAAUAUUUGAAAAUAAAGCAAAGCUUUCAGAAAUCCAGCUCUGCAAAAUGGCCCCUACCAAGCUGCAGAAAAGCCUUCCAUCUUUUUGGAGGUUUCCACAGACAUGCAGCUCCAGUUACAAGAAGGCAAUUCCCACAUGGUGCACAUAGGAUGGAUUAUCUGCACUUUGAGGAUGACAGCCGUGGAUGGUGGUUUGACAUGGAUAUGGUGAUCAUCUACAUUUAUUCAGUGAACUGGGUCAUUGGGUUCAUUAUUUUCUGCUUUCUUUGCUAUUUUUUCUUUCCAUUUUAGGAAUUGGCAUACCUUACAACAGUUGAACAAUCAUAAAUGUAAAUAAUAAUUAAACAUUUUAAAAAUAUGCUUUGAAGCUUUUAUAAUGUUGAUUAUAUAAAUCGCUGGUCUUUAUAGAAAGUGUAAAAAUAAUGGAUUUAUUUUAAUGUUUUUCAUGUAACAAACUAAACUUUAUUUAAGAGGUAAUCUAGCACAGCAACAAUGCACUAUUAAUUUCAUUGCUCUUGGGUUUAGGAUUUGGUGCUCUAAUUUUACAUUGACACUAUAUACUUACUUUGAUGGUUACAGACUGAGGUUUUGCUCUUUAAUUAAAAAUUGCAAUUUACCAAAUGAAAAUGAUAAUCUGGGUAGAAAGUAUAUUAAUAAGAUGUUUAGUCAGUUACUACAUGUUCUUAGGCAAAUGAUAUGUGUUAAAGAUAAAUAAACCAUAUUCUCUGGGAACUAAUCUAGCAGGGUAUAUUCCAUUUCAUUUCCAAUUAUUACUAUUUCUCUCCCCUUCUAUUACCAAUAAAAUCUGACUAUCCUUUUUGUACAGAUCUAACAAUAGCUUCAGUAUGACUUUUUUUCUUGUAAACAGAAUAGUAAGUACAAAUGAACUGAGGCUAACCCCUACCAAUAGAUACUUUAGAAAGCCAUGUUAACCUUUUACAAUUUCAGGAUGAAUCACUGGAAAAAAAUGAAAAAAAUUGACUGACUUUUAGAAGUCAAAACGAGCAAUGCAUGUUCACAAUGUAAUUUAGUGAUUCAUUUAACUAGAAGAUUGUCAAAUAUAUUGUAAAUGUGUAAUAAAG